AUGUCUGAAUUACUUGAUGGCACCGAACAACAAAGCCUUUACAUGGCCGCGAUUGUGGCUACAUUAGGCUUGGUGCUUAUCAUCGUCGAACUAAAAUGGUAUCAAAUAAAGAGACUACGAAACCUCGAGCGACUCCGGGGCUGCGAAAAGCUACCGGAUGAAAGCGAUUGCUUUCCAUCGGAUUUUUUUGGUAUCGCAAAAGCAAUAGAAUUUGCUUCGCAUUUUCGAGCCCGUACCUCACUGCGGUACACGAACUCUUUAUUCCAAAAAUAUGGCGAGACCUACUUGUCCAACAUUCUCAGUUACCGAAUGAUCUUCACCUGCAAUGCAGAAAACAUUAAGCAUAUGCUGUCUACGUCGUUCAUCAAUUUCGACGCCGCCACACUACGAAAACCCGUAUUUGAGCCUCUCACUCGUGGUAUACUUGUCUCCGAUGAACCUGAGUGGAAAGGUCAUCGAAGGAGUAUGCGCAGUCGGUUUUCUAACCUCCGUGAGAUUAUCGACUUCGGUGUUUGUGAGCGACACUUUCAGAGCUUUCGUCGACAUGUGCCACCGAAUGGUGGCAUGUUUGAUGCCCAAGAGUGUGCUUCGGCGCUUGUUUUGGAUAUUCAGACUAUGUUUGCUCUUGGGGAGUCCAUCGAUGCCCUUAGUUUGACUCAAUCGCGAGAAAAAAGGAGAUUCCAGGAGGAUCUGCUUUUCGCCGUGGGAAAAAUCGUUUAG